AUGGUGGACAUGGGCGAUGACGACGAGGUGGCCGGGCUGCGGAGGUUGCUGAUAGUGGUCACCACGACGUGGUCGGGCGCCAGGGAGCAAUGGUGGCGCAGGGCCGAGCUGCUACGGCUGGCACACACGCUGCGGGUCGUGCACCCACCUGUGGUGUGGGUUGUGGUGGAGCCGGUCGCCGACGCGCCCGCCACCGCGGAGGUGCUGCGGGGCACGGGGGUCAUGUACAAGCACCUCGCAUUCAAGCCUGAGGAGCACUUCACCACGGCUGGCGUCGAGGCGCAUGUGCAGCGAAACACUUGUGAUUUACAUCUAGGAGCUUAUUGA